CAUCGCCCGCUCUCCAUCUGCCCCCUCCCCGGCUCGAUCGCCACCCACUCACACGAUGAUCAUGCGCAUCCCAACACGACCGGCCCACAUCCGGCUCUUCUCGACUUCGUCGGCGGCUCGGUCGGCGGCUGGAUCACGCAUUGCUGGCCCAAUCGCAACCGAAAGCCACUGGGUUCCUUCCAAGAUCGUCGGCAACAUGGAUCAGGACGGACUCAGCCGCUUCGAUCUCGAUUUCACCGAAACCUGCGAGUGGACCAAGGAGCUGCUGCUCAAGAUGAAGCACGACCACGCGCUGCUAAAGUCCUUCCACAAGGAGUACCGCCCGCGAAACCUCAAGGACGGGCAGGUCGUCUGUGUCGAGACCACCCAUCGGUUCACCUACGAUUUUUCGAAACCGCAGCCCAAAAACUCGGCCGUCUCGCUCCAUGCCCGCGUCAGCGAGCUGGGUCUGUCACCAAAGGAGCACCACAAAUUCCUGCUUCUUUCCGGAUCAGACUACGAUCCCUACACCGACGUCGUCACCCUGACCCGAACCGAGGAAGACUCGGCGUAUGUCAGGAAGAACAUUAUUGCGGCACAUGAUAUCCUGAAGCGGAUGAUUGAAGAGUCAAAGAAUGCCCAGGAUACGAUGGAGGGAGUUCCGCUUGACUUCCGCCACAUCAAGCCGAAGCGAAUCGGGCUCGAGUUUCCCAAGGAGUGGCUCAAGCCUGCAAACUCUGAGGCUGCGGCGCCUGCAGAACCCAAGGCGUAGAGCCGAUCAGUGGACGAUAGCAUGUUAUGGAAAUACACAGACAGUCAUCA